GUGAUGCAUCCAACGUGGGACGGUGGAACGCUGAGAAAAAAAGGAAAGUAGGAACAGAAGAAGGGAAAAACUCUCAUGGUGGGUCUGAUUUGAAGUGGGAGCUUGAAUUCGUUAAUAACCGGAUCACCGAGAUUUCCUGACUAUAUACUGCAUUUGAUAAGCAGCUACGGGACUUCUGCAACUUCACUCGAUGAAAUGUGUGUGGAAAGUUGGACGUAGUCGACGCUUAUUGAAGAGGUCUUUGGGUUUUGCUGUUAACCUUACAUCGAUGAUGAAAAUUGUUUUAGAGACCACUCUGCCAGCGCCGUGCUUGCGCUGACGGGAAACUUGGUAACGAUAUCCACAACCACUUUGUAGCAAGUUUGUAUCCCUUGGAUUUUGGCGACUCUGGAAGAAACUUUGUUUCAAGCGUUGGCGUUUGUUUCGAUGCUACAUUGUCGUGCAACCUGAACAUGGUGAUUGGAAGUUCUUGGAAAAUGUUAAACUCUACGCGGUGUGUGCAUUUUCCACUUCUGAAGAGGCUGUUCGUGAAAUAACAAGAGACUUAUCGACUUUCAUCCGUUGUUAUAGCAUAAUAAACACUACAGCAUUUAGACUGUUUCAGCCAGCCUUAUAGCAAGGCAUGCCAAAACUAACCGUCUAACCUACAAGGAGACCCUUUUCAACCUUUUAUGGACAACUGCCGGCAAGUUGCCUUUAGUUUUGGCCGCUGGACAAGUUUCUUGAAUUGCCUUGUAAUUCGUGAUUCACCUUUGAUUUUUAGUUAGCCAUACAGAGCACGGGAAGACAAUUAGGCUAUCUUACGCUCAGCUACAAGAAAUCAAAUGUAGCUUCAAUGGCUCGCAAUUGCGCUCCUGUUAUCACAUUUACUUGGUUAGUAUUCACACCAUGAUGAAUGUAAAGUAUCAUCUUUGAAAAGAUCAUCUGUAAUCUACAUCAGAUUUCCCAAUUUGUGGAUUUGAGGAGAGCGAUCAAGACAACGCGCGAUUAGAACUGGAUACAAAAUGGCGGCCUCCCUGGGUCAGAUCGGAUCUGUUUCAUAUUAUGUAUUUUAUUUAAUGUUGUCCUUGGAACUGUUACUAAAUUACGGAUUGAGUGCUGAUAUACCAUGUGCCCAAAACUGUACAUGCACCGGAGAUUCUGUGGACUGUAGCAACUUGGAUUUGACUGAUAUUCCUCAGGACCUGCCAGCUGGGACUAUUUCUAUAAACCUGAGCCACAACAAGCUGACAGCAGUCGAUACGGACAUCCUCUCCAGCCUCCCAAAACUGCGAGAAGUGCGCCUGGACCACAACGAGCUCACCGCCAUCCCCUCCUUCAGGCUGGCCUCUUCCAGAAUCGCAGUCCUCUACCUGCAGCACAACAAGAUCGGCCAAGUGGACGGCCGGAAGCUCAUGGAGCUCACCGCUCUGGAGACGCUGGACCUGAGCAGUAAUGACAUCACCGAGCUGAGAGCCCACUGCUUUCCCGCGGGGCUACAGAUCCGAGACCUGUACCUGAGCAGUAAUAAGAUCGUGCACCUGGAGGCCGGGGCUUUCGACCAGCUCUCCAGCAGUCUGCAGGUCCUCCGCCUCAGCCGCAACCGCCUCACACACAUCCCCGUCAAGGCCUUCCAGCUCACUCGCCUCACCCAGCUGGAGCUGAGCAGGAACCGCCUGCGGCUGAUCGAGGGCCUGACCUUUCAGGGUCUGUCCCGCCUGGAGGUGCUCAAGCUGCAGAGAAACAACAUCAGCAAGCUGACCGACGGAGCAUUCUGGGGGCUGGCCAAGAUGAGGGUGCUUCACCUGGACUUCAACAGUCUGAAGGAGGUGAACAGCGGCUCUCUGUACGGCCUGACCUCCCUGCAGCAGCUCUACCUGGCCAACAACUCCAUCGGCCUCGUCAACCCGGACGGCUGGAGGUUCUGCCAGAAGCUGCGUGAGCUGAAUCUGUCCUAUAACAAUCUCACGCGGCUCGACGAGGACAGCCUGGCCAUGCUGGGCGAUCUGCACACACUCCGCCUGGGACACAACGGCAUCAGCCACAUCAGCGAGGGAGCCUUCAGGGGCCUCAAGUCUCUACGCAACCUGGAGCUGGACCACAACGACAUCUCGGGCACUAUAGAGGACACCAAUGGGGCCUUCACUGGAUUGGACAGCCUCCACAAGCUAACUCUGUUUGGAAACAAGAUCAAGUCGGUGGCCGAGAAAGCCUUCUCCGGCCUCAAGGCUCUGCAGCACCUGAACCUGGGAGAGAACGCCAUCCGCUCCAUCCAGAAGGAGGCCUUUGCCAUGAUGGGGAACCUUCAGAGCCUGCGUCUUGAGAGCGACAGCUUCCUCUGUGACUGCCAGCUGCACUGGCUGCCCGUCUGGCUGACGGCUCGAGGGCUCAAGGCAGGCAUCAGUGCCACAUGUGCCCACCCUGAGAGCUUGAAGGGCACCAGCAUCUUCGAGGCACCCGCCGAGAGCUUUGUGUGCGAUGACUUGCCGAAGCCCCAGAUCACGGUGCAGCCGGUCAGCACGGUGUCGGUGCUGGGCCAGGACGUGCGGCUGAGCUGCACGGCGGCCAGCAGCAGCAGCUCGCCCAUGUCCUUCGCCUGGCGCAAGAACCAGGAGCCGCUCCGCCACGCCGAGCUGGAGAACUUCGCCCACGUGCGCGCCCACGCCACCGAUGUCGCCGCCGCCGCCUCCUCCUCCUCCUCCUCAGCCUCUGUGGCCCCAGCGCUGUCCCACAGCAACGUGAUGGAGUACACCACCGUGCUGCACCUGCGCCACGUCACCUUCGCCCACGAGGGACGCUACCAGUGCGUCAUCACCAACCACUUUGGCUCGUCCUACUCCCAGAAGGCCCAGCUCACAGUGAAUGUGUUGCCCUCGUUCGCCAAGACUCCAGAGGACCUGACGGUGCGGGUCGGAAACAUGGCCAGGCUGGAGUGUGCGGCCGAGGGCCACCCGGCCCCCCAGAUGGCCUGGCAGAAGGAUGGCGGCACCGACUUCCCGGCUGCCCGCGAGCGUCGCAUGCACGUGAUGCCCGACGACGACGUCUUCUUCAUCACCGAUGUCAAGCCCGAGGACGCCGGCGUCUACAGCUGCACUGCCCGCAACUCGGCUGGCACCGCCUCGGCCAACGCCACCCUCACCGUGCUGGAGACUCCACGGCUGGACGAGGACAUGGAGGACCGGAGCGUGGUGGUGGGCGACACGGUGGCGCUGCAGUGCAAGGCCCUGGGCAGUCCGCCUCCCAGCAUCACCUGGCUCCGCGGCGACGAGCCGCUGCGCCCCAGCGAGCGCCACCACUUCACGGCGGGCAACCAGCUGCUCGUCAUCCGGCAGGCCGUGCCCGACGACGCCGGCCGCUACACCUGCCGCAUGUCCAACAUGCUGGGCACGGAGCGCGCCCACUGCCAGCUGAGCGUGCGGCCCCAGGCGCCCGGGCCAUGCGCGCCACCGCCAGGCCCUGCCGCGGGAACCAUUGCUGCUGGCAUCAUAGUCAUCGCCGUGGUGACAAGUGUGGUGGCCACCUCACUGGUGUGGGUGUGCAUCAUCUACCAAACGAGGAAGAGGAGCGAGGAGUGCAGCGUCACCAACACAGACGAGACCAUCGUCCCUCCUGAUGUCCCUAGCUACCUGUCCUCCCAGGGGACACUGUCAGAGAGGCAGGACGGGUCCAUCCGUGUGGACAGCAGCAGUGGCUCCCAGCCGAAUGGCCACAUAGACAGUAACGGCUUUGACCAUCCUGUGUGUUCCGACUGCCUGGAGAACUACUCCAAGCCCCCCGACUACCUGCUGCAGAGCAUGGGCCCAGUCGGCCUGGAGUACCAGCAGACCCACCACCCCUCGGGGUACAUCAGCGUCCCGGUGGGCAGCCCGCCGACGCCCCUUCACAACAACACCAACACCACCACCGCCGCCAUCACCAUCAACGCGCCCCAUUCAGCCCCCCAUUGCAACGGCACACCCAAUGGGAUCCGACGGGACCCGCAAGCCUUCCCCAGCAACCACGACAGGGUGGCCUCGCCCAAGAAGCUCGGGGAAAGCAAAGAUCCCACCAUCACCAGGCUAGGUACGCCGGGGUCCGAGAACUUCAUCCGGCCAAUCAAGCUGUCCCCCUUGACUUCGGUGGACAUCGAGCGCGGCGACUCGGAGGUCACACAGACUCUACUGUCCAACGGACACGUGCCCCGAGUCGUCGCCAGUGAGAACACCUCCCUCAGGCGGGCGAGCGACUAGCACCCCCCACCCCCCAGAAUCCUCUCACCCCACGAAAAAAACACUUUGGACUCUCGAUGCCGCCAUCGCCUUCUUUUUUUGACGUUUGUCUUUUUUAUUUUUGCACUGAGAGCUGCUACCUCAGCCAGGAGAAGGUGGAGGAGGAGGAGGAGGAGGAGGAGGUGGGGGCAGAGCUCGCUCAGUUUCACUAAACUGAGAGGAAAAGAGGAGGAGGAGGAGGAGGAGGAGGAUGGAGGCGGACGUUUCAGGGUUGAAAGGUGAAGCUUGCUUGUGUGGGCUGUGUCCCGCGCGAGCGUUUUAGCUGUACAUAGUCUUAAAUCUUCCCAAGGGAGCUUCCAUUUAUUAAGUGAAAAAGAGAAAAGUGACUUGCAUUUGAAGCAUGCAAAUGUAGGGAGAACUGUACAGUAUAAAAAAGAGAGUGAUAUAACAUUGGACAAUGGACUGUACAUAAGAGGUUUCAUAUAAAUAUAUAUUAUAUAUUAUAUCUAACUUUUACAAAGAGUAUUUGGAUUUAUUCUGUGCAUGAUAAGAACUGAGUGAUGGUAUUUUUUUUUUCUUGUUAACAAGCCUUUCCAGCUUUUCUUCCUCACUGUUAUCUGUGGUGCCUUAAUAAUGCAUGAACAAAGAAACCAAGAUUCCACCAUAGCUGCAAUAGAGAUUUGAACGUUUGCUCGAUGUACAUCAGUACAUUUAGUGGUUGUCAUGCCAUAUAUCACAACGUGCAUUGCAGUGAAAUCUUUGACCUGACAACCUGUCGGUCUGUGGCCUUAAGUCAUGUAGCUCUUAUGGAUUGAGCGAAGAGUUUUGAUAUGAUUUAUUUGGCAUUGGAGAGGAGACACCGGUUGGCUUUAUACAAGGAAAUAAUGUUCCAUUGAUUUAAGCACUUUGCCCUAUGAUUUAUAGGACUUUUUCUUUAAAAGUUGCAGAUUGUGAUUGUACUCUUAUAGGAAUGUAUGGAUUUCUAACAGCUUUGCCAAGGCACACAUCACAAAGCUCACAUUUUGUGUCUCAAACAAACAAAACAUGUAGAAAAAAAAAAAUCAAGACUCUUCCAUUGACUAAGGUCCUGACCACAUCACCAAGCUGCUUUUUCUCACCCCAAUACCUGUGGUACUUAAGUAGAUGUGUAUUUACUUUUGUUUUUUCUUUUCUUCUGGAAAGUAAGUGACAUGAAUGUGGACCUCCUCCAAAAACAACAGUAGUGUUUUUUUUGUUUGUUUGUUUGUUUGUUUGUUUUAAAAAUCAUAACAAAGAUGCCUAGUUCUCACAGAAGCCUAAUGUUGCCAAACUACAAAAGGGAUAAUGUCCAUCUCUGAACUCACUUGAACAGGAGGCUGCUCAGAGUGCUGCAUGAACUGCUGUCUCGGGGUCUCCAAGCAGCACCCCGUGUCACUCUCACACACACACACACACACACACACACACACACACUCAACAACACACACCAAACCAAACAACACAUACACACACACAGGCAAUGGCCAGUAAACUCUAAACCUUACUCCAGCUUUCUUAACACCUGGUUGCAACACUACAUCAAAGUCUGUUCAGAUUUGUCAUGAUCCACAUCCACACCCAUCGAAGAGGAACGGCCAGCAAAGUGCAAAACUUCAUUCUGUGAAAACCUUGCGUUACCUUAAAAAUUUCUUUCUACCAAACCAAGUAGAGCUGAACAGCCUAUAAUUUGUUUGAAUGGACAUUGUUGGGAUUGUGGGCUUUUUUUAAACAAUGUGCUCAGAUUAAUUUAUUGAAAUGAACACUCAAACUGUUGUACAUUGACAAAGCUAAGACGUUGAGGUGUCUAACAUGGCAAGUGUCUAUUAAAGUCACAUUUUGCUAUUUUA